AUGCCGGGCACUCAUUCUCGUGAACCGGCCAAGCCCUCUGGCGGCAAGACUCCUGAGCAAUCAAGUUCUUCGCGGACUCCCCCGAGGACAUCUGCUCCGGAUCUCGAAAAACACUUCAAAGAUUUUGGAUCGACGCCUCGGAAGACAGCCCUUCCAAUAUACCGCAGACGGCUGAACAAGGAUAUGGGUGGAAGACAUGUCGAGGUCCCACUGGCCAAAUUCAAACAAUUGAUUCCCUGGAAAACACUGACAAAGGAGGUCCUCGAAAAAAUAGCCGCUCUCGAAUUCAACGAAAAAGUCUUCAAGGGACUGACUUUUCUGAUCUAUCUGCAGUGCGACGUGGCUCAGAAUAUUCUGGAUACUUGUUAUGACACCCAACUCAAGCUUGCAUCACCAUCCGGGCAGCACAAGCUUGUCGCCAAAGUCACCGGUAGUCGAACAGACCCAAAUAUUGCCGAUGGCGGUACCGGAAAGAAGCCAGAUGUCAUUCUAUAUCCAGACACACCGAAAGCCUCUGACCAACACGAUCGUAAGAAACGAGGGCUUCCUAAAUCCGCCGAAGGGGAUCACGAAAUGGAGGGCAAGGACCAGAAGCAAACCCUCGUACAGGUGGACGAUGCAGCGGUGACAGUCCAGCCAGACUUCCAAGGCCGACAGUCACCCUUUUGGAUUCCCUUGAACGAGGAGGAUGAGCAAGGAGCUACAGACUCGAGACCCUUCGAGAGUGGCGCCGAUGGCGCUGCUGAGGCAAGGGGCCAAAUCAUCGAGUACGCAACCGAAGUUAUGCGGAACCAACCUCGCCUUUUCUGUUUUAUGACUGUCGUGGCCGGCUGCCAUGCUCGCUUCCUUCGAUGGGACCGAUGGGGAGCGAUCGUUUCGGAGUCAUUCAACUUCGUCAGGAACAAAGAAAUCAUGUUCGAGUUCCUAUACAAUUACGGCGCCAUGACUCAGGCCGAACGAGGCUACGAUCCGAAGGUGAUACCUGCAACUGACAGCGAGAUACGAGAAAUGAUGGCUUGGAAAACCACAAUCAUGAGGGACGAAGGGAAGAGGCUGUCGAGUUACCAAGAGAAGUGCUUUGACGAAGCGAUGUCCGGCAAAUGGUCUAUCUGCAAAGUCUUUGUCCCAAAAGAAGAUAUCAUACCUCCAGCGGACCUGGGACCCAAGGAGACAGAUCAUGCAUCUGCCGCGCUGGAGGUCGCUGAUGAUGCCCGGAACGCCGCUGAUAACCCCUUAGCCGGGUUAGAGUUGAUCGUUGGAAGGCCACUGCAUGCCAGUCGCUCUUUGAUAGACCGGUCGACGAAAGCUCACGUCGCCUAUGACAUGAAGAACAACCGAUUGGUCUUCAUGAAAACCUCGUGGCGUGCUGAGUCCACGAAGGUACCAGCAGAGCGCGAUACAUACAUUCAUCUCUGGAGUCACGGUGUUCGACACAUUGCCAGACCUGUCAGCGCCGGAGAUGUCAGCAGUGACGGCGUCUUACAGCGUACACUGACGCAGACUUAUGCCAAGCGCGAGCAGACCGCCGUCGGCCGCAUUCACUAUCGGCUGGUUAUAGAUGAGGUAUACGAGCCUAUGGAGACAUACUUACAUCCGUAUGAAAUGGUAGUAGUGCUGAGCGGCGCGUUGAUUGCCCAUGAAGAUGCUUGGACCAAAGCACACGUCCUCCAUCGUGAUAUCAGCGUUAACAACGUUAUGAUUAAACGAACUGGUCCUGAACAAGGUCAAGUUAUCGGCAUCUUAAUCGAUUGGGACCUAUGCAAGCACGAAAAGGAUAUCGAGAAGGGAGUUACUCAGGCCUCUCGCUCUGGUACCUGGCAGUUCAUGUCCGCGUUGCUGCUGGUUUUCCCUAAGAAAGUUCAUCGGCUCUCAGACGACCUGGAGUCCUUUGUACACCUCUUGCACUGGCUAAUUCGCAAACGGUAG